AUUCUUAUCCAAAUAUUGCAUGUAUUUAAACGUUUUGGAAAUAGGUACAUUUAUUUUGGCAAAUUUGAAACAAAAAAUUAAGAAAGGGGAGAGUAGCUUGCUCCUGCAUAUAUACAGGACUAUCUCUGUGUAUCUAUCUGUAGCCCUGGACAAGGAUCGAACGAACGGCCGUACGGUGAUGCCUUUCGCAAUCACGCAGCAGCAGCAGCAGCGGGCGCUGGGGGCGGAUGCGGCGGCGGCCGUGAGGCAGGCGGCGGGCCUGGCUCGGCGCCGGGGCCACGCGCAGGUCACCCCGCUCCACGUCGCCUGCGCCAUUAUCAUGUCUUCUUCUUCUUCCUCAGCUCCGGCGGGCGCGGCUGGUCUCCUUCUGCGCGCCGCAUUCCCGCUCCAGCAACGGCAGCAGCACGAGGCGGCAGCGCUCUGGCUCCGGCUCGACGCCGCCGUCGGCCGCCUCCCGGUGCGCGCCGCGGCGGCGGCGCCGAGGAUGAUGAUGGUGCCGCUGUCGAACGCGCUGGUGGCGGCACUGAAGCGGGCGCAGGCGUCGGCGGCGCAAGAGCAAGACCGGCGGAGCGGCAAGGCGGUGGUGGUGGAGCUGGAGCUGCUCGUGGCGUCCAUCCUCGACGACCCCAACGUCGACCGCGCCGUGCGCGAGGCCGGCGCCGGCAUCCUCAGGAAGCAGAAACAAGAGGGCGCCGUCUCGAUCGUGGAGCUGUCGUCCAGUAGCAUCGACAGCGAGACGAGUGGCGAUAAUUCUCGCCAGACGGCAGCCGUCGUCGAUCAGGACGGGAUGAGCCUCGCGUUGAUGCUCAGCUGCCACAACCACAGCCGGCCUGAUCAAUUUAGUCAAGCAAAACAAAGAACAGGCCGAUCGGCCAUAGUCGGCGGCACAAGUGUAGUCACAAUGGUCCUCCCGCCAUGGCUCCGCCGCAUCAACCAAGAUCAAUAUCAUCCAAAUCUCACACGAAGCGCAUCACAGUACCAACCAAAGUUCAGGGAGCUCACGGGGGAGAACCUCAAGAUCAUGUGCCACGCUCUCGAGGGCCAUGUACCGCCGCGUCACAGGGACAACGUCCCCGGCGUAGCGGGCACCAUACUCCGGUGCCGCUCCGGCAUGACAAGGAGGCGGUGGUGCCCACCCAACUCGUCAGCGACUUGGUUGCUCUUCCGAGGAAAGGAUAGGCGUGGCAAGAAGGCCGUGGCACUGGAGCUCACGAGGCUCGUGUUCUGUACGUACACCGAGUUCGCCUCCAGCGACAGCGACCCCGGACUUAACACCAUGAGCAAAGGGAGGUAUGCACGGAAUAAUGGCGCCUAUGCCGGGACAAGAUUGCUCGAAGCGAUCUUGGAAAACCCUCACCGUGUUGUGUUCAUCGAUGGGAUAGACGACCUAGAUCACGAGUUGGGGGCCGCGAUCAAGAACGUGAUUGCGACUGGGAGAAUAACGAGAUGCAAUGGCACUAAUGGCGGUCUGGAGGACGCCAUCAUCGUGCUUUGCUCCGAUGGAGUGACGUCGCCUUCCUUGGCUCGGGCAAAGCGACGACGGAUCAACAGCAAUGGACAACAAAACAACGAGGAAUCCCGUCAUCAUUUCAGUUUGGAUUUGAACGCUCCCGCCGAAGAUCAGGAAUAUGUUGAGGAAGAAGAAGAAGACGGAGAAAAAAUGGCUGACAAUGAUGCUGGGAUCAUUGGCAUCGUGGACGGUGUUUUUCGGUUCGACUAAUUUUCAGCGUGAGUUUUAGUUAGUUUUAAUUUCGAUCUCCUGUAUCUGUUUUCCUACAUUUAAUUUCCCCUUAUUUUCUUGUAUUAAAAAAAGAGAGAGAAGAUUUUGUUAUGAAUGCGA